CGGAAGGCAGGAGACGUCCUUGACAUCUUGUCUCAUCGAGGCUGUUAUCAGAUCAAUGCCAGUUUCCACAAGUAUACUGAGACUGAAGGAGGUCGAUAGGAUUUCCUGCAGGACAAGUUCACCAUUCAGCGUUCGAAGUUAUUCAGAGGUUGAAAGAGUGGAAGCUGAAGAUAUUCAGUGAGAUCAAGAGAAUCACACGUUGCAAGAGAUAUCUGCAAGAAACCGGCAACAUGAUAUUAAUUAAAUGAAGCCAGGAGGGUUAUCCAUGCAUAUCUGAAGAUAUCUGUCACAGCAAUGUUACUGAGUAUGAAAGAUGAUACUAUGAAUCAGUUUAGAUUAUCACUGUCUUGAGAACGCCAUCAAAGGUCUCCAGAAGGCUGCCAGUUAGUGAAGGUAACCAUAGGUCACCGAGAGGUCAUAGGCUGCGACAAGAGGCUCAUAACAUCUAGAGAAAGCUAGUUGUGGCGUGAGGACCAAUUGAAACAAGAUGCCAAAAUGGUCACACGUUCUCUUAAAUGUAGGAUGCCGUUAAUGGUCAGAAGUUCAUUUUAGGACUAACGGGUAACACACAAAAUCCAUCAGCCGUCACGAAAGAAUAAGGGAAAAAGAUCGUUAUAUAUAUAUAUAUAUAUGUAUACAUAUAGUGUAACAUUUGUGUGAAGUGCUAAGCCCACUUGCUGUUUUCAGUGCAAGGAAUGGUGGUCGGUCAAUCCUCGGUGCACUAAGCGCGAGACACGCAAUAGCUACACAAGAAAGUGUUUUCUAAGCCGUCGAAGACUACCAGCGAUCCGGAAAAUGUCUGAGCUCCUGAGACGUUCGUUACCCGAUGCGUUAAAGCCUCGAAACCCUGAGAAAGAAUCUAGUCAUCAGAAGUCCCAUGAGGGAGGCCAGGAGUCAGGAUGGUCAACCAGCAAACAGCAGGGGUGGUAGAAUGCCUCUCCUUGUGUCUCCAGACCACGCACCAAUCUUUCUCGACCUACUGUUCACCCUGCUGACCUCCAACGUCUCUGCGGGGUCCUACUCGAAGGGCUUCGAUCUUCUCAAGUCGCUGAAGCAGCAGGUACCAGCACUCAACACCGCCGGCGGGGAAGCCAUGGACACGGCGAACGCUUCCUUGGAUCCCUCGGCAUCAGUCCUGAACGACUCCGCCAGGACCGCCCUAGGUCUUGCGGAGAAUGGCGAGGCCGUGGACGAGUACUUGGAAUACUCAGGUCGCAGCAAGGUCAACCUGACUUUACUGAAGUUGGACCUGGACCUGUCACCGGUGUUCCCGAGCCUAGAAGCAGUGUCUGCAGACGUACAGGUGUUCCUCAUCUUUGUGUAUUCCCUGGCUGCAGUGCUCAGCCUGGUCGGCAAUGUCACCGUCAUCCUCGUGCUGGCCUUCGGUAGGAGGUCAUCAGUGAGAUGUUACCUUAUCAACCUGGCUGUGUCAGACAUCACAAUGGCAACUUUCUGCAUCCCUUUCUCCUAUACCAGCUUCAUGUUUCACCGCUGGGUGUUCGCUCCGGAGUUCUGCAGAAUUGCUGCCUUUAUGCAGCAUGCCAGUGUCACCUCCAGUGUCUACACGCUCGUCGCCAUAGGUGUUGACAGGUACAAGGCGCUCAUCCACCCGCUCAACACCCGCUGGACCAAGUCUCGAUCUCGCCUGGUCAUCGCAGUCAUCUGGGUGUUCUCAGUCGUCAUAUCAUUGGUGCCUCUGGUCGUGUCUGAUUCAGAGCGCUUCGACUGGGAUGGAGAGUGGUACUACGAGUGUAAGGAGAACUGGCCCAAGACACAGAACGAACUCUACGAGAAAACGUACACUGUGGUGCUCUUUGUGUUGACGUUCGCCCUGCCCGUGCUGGGUCUGGGAUACACCUACCUCUCCAUUGUUGGCAUGAUGUGCUCCUACAGGAUCCCAGGCAACGCUGAGCCCUCCAGAGACCAGCAGCACCUCCACGCCAAGGUCAAGGUAAUCAACAUGAUGAUAGCAGUGAUGGUGUGCUUCGUGUUGAGUUGGUUCCCACUGCAAGUGCUGCAGUUCCUCAUCUACUUCGCACCGGAGAUGACGCAGUGUCGGGGCCAUGAGUGUUUCACCUACUACAUGAGCUUCUUCGCCUGCCACUGGAUAGCCAUGGCCAACUCCUUCAUGAAUCCCUUCAUCUACUGCUUCAUGAGCAACAAUUUCAGGGAGGAUCUCUGUCAGUUCAUCAGGAAGUGCGGUCGUAGGCGCAUUCGUCGUCAGAACUCGAAGACGUGGAGUCGAAGUGAGCUUGGUUCAUCCUUCCGUUCUAUUCUUUACAUCACCCACAAGACGUCAGUGCAGAGUUCCACCAAGGCGAGUUUCAGAGGUAAGACAGCCAAGCACCGAGACGCUGACACAUUAGAACUACGUCAGCUGCAAGACGCACAG